AGGCUGGAGGUUUUUUGUUUUUUUUUAGUUGAACAACUGUCUCUUUUAGAAGGAAAAGACUAAAGCUGAAACAAAGAGCAUAUUGAGGGAAAAAAGAGGGAAAAAUAGGUCCCUGUCUUACUCUUUUAUAUCUCUGAUAGGGGUCAUAGUUCAGAAUCGGUCAGAGUUUAUAAACACUGUGCUAUAAGGAGUAGGAAAUUGGGGCUGUAAUGUGUGUUAAUGUUUGAAACUGUGGAGGGCAAACUACAGUGUCAGAUUCAAGUAAUUUAAUUUUAUGGAGCAAAGGAAAGAUAAUUGUCCCUAGAGUGAAGUCCCAGUGAAUCACUGUGAGGUUCUAAGUGGUCAGUCAGAGCUUCAAAGGUGCCUAGACAAGAGGAAGAGAUGAAGGUACACAUGCACACUAAAUUCUGUUUCUUGUGUGUGGUCACGUUCCUGUUCCAUCAGUGCAACCACUGCCAUGGUGAUGGGCACCACCACCACCACCAUGCAGAGGAGAACCACGUGCACGACCACAAUGACUUCCAGAUCUCCCAGGCACCCUACAUGCAGGGCAGGGGUGCUGGAAACCCUCCCUCUGAACAUAGCCCUGAUGAAGGGCAUGAGGCUGAGACUGAGCAGAGAUUCUACAUACAGCAGCUCUUCCGGCGCUACGGCAAACAGGACCGGCUAGACUUUGGGAGCUUUCAGAGCCUCCUGUUCAGCCUGGGGCUGGGAGAGAUACGGGUUGUAGAGUUGGACCAUGAAGACUUGGGACACGAUCAUGUGGCUCAUCUGGAUGCGCUGGAGGUUCAGCAAGGCCUGCAUUCCCACUCUCACUCACACUCUCACACUCACCCACACACAAAUACCCAUCCACACCCUCAUCCCCACAUACAUGCAGAAGACGAAAAGAACACCACCACUGUGAGGGAUCUGCACAAUACCCAGUGCAACCAGUCCAACCAAAGGGCAUCAGAAGCAUCCUUAAGCUCAACUCUCAAGCCUCCUAUGGACAGGCAUUCCCUUGAGGGCCAAGAUUACAGCCAUAAUGAAUCUGAGCCUCAUCGACAUCUUGGGCAUUCCCAUCACCAUCACAGUCAUCAGCUUCACCGUCACCAUCAGCACAAUAGCAGUUCUUCUCAUCCUAUAGAGCCACACAACACCACUGCAGACCAGCAGCAGCAAACGCAGUCUAUAGACUCCAAGGCCAAGAAGCCCCGGAAAAACAAAAAAGGUGUAAGGAAUAAAGACACUGCCGUCACCUCCCUCCCUCCUUCUCCUCCUCCCCAUUCUGAGGUUGGGGAGCAUGGCAAUGAGAGUCGAGAGCCUUUUUCUCACACUGAGGAGCAGCGGGACCACUUCCACACUCACAGAGACAGCAAUGAGUCUGGACACAACCUUGAACAAAGUCACAGCUCUGGGGACGAGCACACAUCUGUGAGAAAGAGAGAAGCGCCCGAUGGUCAUAGAGACAAGAAGCAUUCAGUUUCGGACAGCCAUCAAGGGGACAGUGAACAACAGUUUGAGGAGUGUCUGAAUGUCACCCAGUUGCUGCACUACUAUGGAUUGAGCCCUGAAAUGCCCAUAUCUCCAGCACAGUUUACCUACCUCUGCCCAGCUCUGCUCUACCAGAUAGACAGCCGGGUCUGCAUCCACCACUACCACCAGCUGGACAUUGAGCCCCAAAAGGCAGAAUCUACCCUGUCAGCCUGGCUCUGGGGUCUCCUGUCUAUCACCGUUAUUAGCCUGCUGUCUCUGCUGGGAGUAAUUCUGGUACCCAUUAUCAACCAGUCCUGCUUCAAGUUCCUUCUCACAUUCCUGGUGGCCCUAGCAGUGGGUACACUGAGUGGGGAUGCCCUGCUACACCUACUGCCUCAUUCCCAGGGUGGACAUGAUCACAGCCAUGAUGAAAGCCAAGAAGAGACAGACCUGCUCGUGGAGUAUGAUGGUGUGUGGAAGGGCCUGACAGCCCUGGGGGGCAUCUACCUGCUCUUCAUCAUAGAACACUGCAUCGGCAUGUUCAAGCACAACAGAGACCAAGGGGGAAGCUGGUGCAGGAAGAAGAGAAAUGGGGAUGAAUCAAAGAUUGGGAGGAAGCUGUCUGAUCACAAACUAAACCGCCGUUCUGAUGCGGAGUGGCUCCAUCUCAAACCACUGACAGCUGAGGGGCUAGACAGUUCUGCGUUGUCAUGUGACAGCAAGCACAAUGACACCCAACUGACUGAGCUGCCGGACCCAGAGUCCCCCAGCAAAAAGCCCCUGGCUGCUGCUGACCAUGAUCAUGACCAUCAAGGGGCAAACUCCCCUGACAAAGACAGCGGCAGGAAGGUCAAGACGAAGAAGCAUUCCCAUGGGCAUUCACACGGCCAUGGUCACUCACACCAUGGACACUGCCAUUCCGAUCAAGAGAUGAAAGAUGCAGGGAUAGCCAGCAUUGCCUGGAUGGUCAUCAUGGGGGAUGGCAUGCACAACUUCAGUGAUGGCCUGGCCAUAGGGGCAGCUUUCAGUGCCACAGUGACGGGGGGCAUCAGCACUUCCAUUGCUGUUUUUUGCCAUGAGCUCCCUCAUGAGCUCGGAGAUUUUGCGGUCCUGCUAAAGGCAGGGAUGUCGGUGAAACAGGCCAUCGUUUACAAUGUACUGUCUGCUCUGAUGGCGUACGUGGGCAUGCUGAUCGGCACGGCUGUGGGGCAGUACACCAACAACCUCACCAGCUGGAUCUUCGCGGUCACCGCCGGGAUGUUCCUCUAUGUGGCUUUAGUGGACAUGCUUCCGGAGAUGCUUCAUGGAGACAGCGAGGAACACAAGAGAUGCCAGUUAGGCCACUUCCUGCUGCAGAAUGUAGGCAUGCUGGUGGGCUUUGGCAUCAUGCUGCUCAUUGCCAUUUUUGAGGACAAGAUUGUCCUGGACAUCAACUUCUAGCCAGCACAACCCCUCGCCCUGAACUCGACAGAGCAGGAGAGGGAAGGGGCAAUAUAUCCAGAAAAAAAGUAUGUUGGUAUUUGCUUCGCCUUAUUGCUUGUGUCGCAGGCCAGUCAUGCAUGAACUUUGUGUGGCAAUCAUUACGUACAGUAGCCAGUAAGAAAAGCAGUGGCUUGCAGUUGCUUCGAAAUAGAGAAGUUUCAUUGUUUGUUUUUUUUCGUCUGACAUCUUAUCCAACCCCAUCCCCCUGCGUCGCCCCCUUUUUCUUGAGGCGGACGUAUGGUAUCCUCGAGCUCCGUGGUGCCCACACACACCUCAGCAGGCCUGCUGCUCUUCCCCUCUGUGCUUCACCAGUGCCAGCUGCUGCAGGCAGUACUGGGCCAUUUUGUCUAAAAAUUGUCAUCUCUGCCCCGGGCAGCUUAGACAUUGAAACACCAUGCCGCCUGCAUCGCAUCCCCACUGCAGAAAUAUAUUUGCAGGUUUUUUGAAAAUAAAUAUAUCGGAAGCUUGGUGUUUCCAUUUAUGUUCAUUGAAGAAAAGGAAUAUUAUGUCCUAUCAGAGCUUUUUGCAAGUUUUAUACUGAUACUUAUGUAUUCAGCAGCCAGUGCUCUUAAUCUUGAAAAUGUAUCAGCCCUGAAACAUGCCUAUCCCAAUACCAAGAUUUCAGAUUCCACAGUAGACACAGUUUGGAAACUAAGUGUACGAAAACCUGACGUUCCUCUAUAAUUAAAACUGAAGCAGAAACUGAAACAUGAUAUGUAAAUCAGAAUAGUACAAACAUAAUAGGUUAUUCUUUUUAUAAAUAAUAUUGUGACUCUUUGGCUGAAUUAUUGACCAAAGGAGUUAAUAAUUACACAGAAAAAGAGAUUGUUAUAUAAAUAUAUUUCCCCAAUUGUUUUUUUUAUAGUUUCCAUCCUGUUUUUGAAUAGUCACGAACUGUUCGGUACAGAGUGACCUGGCAUAUACUGAUAGUUCAUCAUUCACAUGUCUUCUCCUUCUAGUCAAAAAUCAUCCAUUUUUGAAAUUUGCAGACCAGACAUGCAGACAUGUUGCUCUUUUUUGAUACGCUCCCUGUUAUUUAGAAGGCUUCCAGCUGGUUUCCUCUGUUCACAGUGUCAACUGGAACAAAAAAUGGCAGCUCUGAAAGACCACCCAGAGGACUGAUGUAGCCCAGCCCUGCAGGUGUCUAUUUAAACAAUGUGGGGAGAAGUUCCACAGCCCUGACCUCUCUGCCAGCCCCAUCUCCAUGCUGCCUGGCCUGUAGAGUACCUUUUGAGAGAAACCUUUCUGUGGUGUAGGAGUGACCACCUGCAUUCAGAGCGGGCUGUGGGUUUUACCUCCAGAAAAACCUGGAGUGGUGAGGCUUCCACUGGCACCAAGCCCAGCUUGCUCUUACCUUAGACAUCCUUACCUUAAAAUGCUGGCUCUUGUCUUAGCACAUUGCUUACAGUUAUUGAUCACAUUUCGUUUUCAACAGCCAAGCAUAGUAAAAUAAAAAAAAACUGCCAACCCUCACACGAAAUACAAAUAGUGUAUAAAUCUGGCUACAUUUCUGAGACACUGCAGCGAUGGCCGCAGUCCCAAGCACAUCACCAUGUCACUCUCUGCUUUCUUCCCGAGGUCCAGCAAGCCACUGCUCAAGCAUAAUACCCGUGGUGUGUAUCUCAUUGUGAACCGUGUCAUGUAUUGCAACAUUGCAGCCAGGGGGCCAACACAUGUCAAAACAGUGGUUGGAGAACAAGCAUUUACAGUGUUCCAGUCCUGCUGACCAGUAACUGACCUAAUUACCUGUUCAGAAUAAUACAAACACUUUUUUUUUAAAUCCUUUGGUACUCGCAGUUUCAAUAUGUGGAUUCAGUUGUGCCAGAGUGCUAGCAAAUCAAGGUACGCACAGGCUUCCUAUUUUGUAGCUGUUUAUAAAAUCUUAAAUUAGAAUACUACUGUGGUGGUUGACGUUUUUUUUUUUAAUGAUCUUACAGGAUUGAUAUCUUCUGUGAACAAAGCCUAUCUUAAUUCCAAAAUUGUAAGGUUCAGUGGAUUAGUAAUGUUGAGCCAUGCUUGACAAAACAUUUGCCUCUUUUUGUUGUCUACUCAAGAUGAAGCUAUGUUUUUGCUUUUGUAACUGUGGAUGUUUUGGAGCUUUGGUGCCAAAUGAAAAUUUGUCAUUUACAGUACCUGUUAAGUGACCGCUGAUAUUACUAUAGUGUUAUGAAAUUUAAGAAAUUUGAAAAACAACAUUAUUUUAGUUUUGGGGCAAAUUGGUCAUCUUAUGUACCGAAUGGUUCAACCAGAAACAUUCUGGACCCAUUUGGGAAAAAUAAUGAUUUGGAGCAUCUUUAAUUAUGUCACUAAUACGACUAGCAAUAGAAGCUGUUGAAAUUGAAAGGUUUGGAACAAAGUUGAUAAAUCAAUCGCAUUAUAAAAUUAUAUGAUUUAUGGGAGUGAGCUUUCAUUUCAAUGGAUGAAUGACAAUUCCAUGAAUUCAAGUGAUUCAUUGUCUGUUAACUUUAUAGCAGACUCUGCACACUUACUGUACUUGCAAACUCACCUUUACUUUUUUCCUUAAAAGGUAUAUAGCACCCUUCCAACUAGUCCAAUUCUGUCAACUCAUUGACAUUUCAUUCAGUUUGAUUGAUUUAAAUUUAUUUCAGCUUUUGAAUGCAUGGUCUUAUCAUUCUUUUAUUACUGAGCACUUUUAUUUAAGUCUUGUGCUCAUUAAUUUAUCUUUGAAUUUAGUUUUAUAAAUGUUCAUCUUUAAGGGAAAAAAGUAUUUUUGUUGGUAUGCAGUAAAUAUUACUUAUUUUCCAACCUUACUACAAAAAAAUGAUUUCGUUUCCAAAGGUGUCAUUAUUGGGAUAAAAAAAUGGUACAGAAGGUACAGUUAAUGAUUUUGUACUUAUGAUUCUAACUAACACCACUUCUGCAUUUAUCUUUUAGAUAUUUGAAUUACUUUUUCAUCUACUGUAUGUUUUGUCUACAUAACAUACCCAUUAAAAAAUUGUAAAGAUAAUUACACAAACAUCUAAGCUGCUUAAGUCUUAACUUGAAUUAUAUGAGUAAGCUCCUUUUAUAGUAAUAUGGUGAUUUCAUCUACUGCUGUUUUAAACAGGCUUCAUCAGUGUUGUACUGUACCUUUCAAGUGCUGUUUAAAAAAUAAAUUACAGACUAUAGAAGUACUGAGCUUACCCAGUGAUUUUUUUCAAUAAAUAAUUUUUUAAUGGGUAUAAACAGUUAUAGAAAAAUCACAUUUGUGCCAAAUGUCUAGUCACUGCAUUUCCUAUGAAGCUUUAUUGAAACGGUGGCCACAGUGAAAAUUUUGAUUUGAGCUCUAAAUGCCUCCUCAUAUUGCAUUCCCCAUCUCUGUUACUUAGGUACCAAAUGAUUGUCUGUAUUUAGACCACCUAGUACAGAUAGCUAGCUUCUGUGUUCGCUAGAGUACAUAAUUGUAACUUCAAUUUAUCCUGUCACUGUGUGACAUCCAUGUACUUGUUUAUUGGAUGUAGAUCAUUGUAAUCACAUAAAAGUAAUUUAUUAAACUGGAUAAAAUCGUGCAUGGGAAGAGUUAAAAAGCUGUGGGUGUAAAACUGUUGUCAUUGGUCAAAACAUCUGAUUGUUAGUUGUUGAGCAUUUUGCUACAGCUUUUUUUUUUAAUUUUAAAGAUGAGCUAUACUUUGGGGCAUUGCAAAGCUAAUAACUUGUGGUUUUAGUAUGCAGUAGUUGUAGGAUUACGAAAACGGACCCUGCAAACUAAUUGUAGUUGAUUAUUCAUGCUUUAAGAACUUGUUUGAGAAUAUAAGUCAAAAUUAUUUGGAAACAAAGAAAAGCUUGUAAAAUUGCAGGCAGUGAGUUAUAUUUAAAUAUGUGAACAAUGAUGAUUCCCUGAAGACAAUCUCAUAGCACUAUGGUACUUCAUUAUUCAUUGAAUUGAUUUGAGCAAAACUGCAUUUUUCCUUACAUGGGUUAAACAAGUGACAGUGUGAGCUAUUACAGUUUUAGAUUAAUACAGAUUUUUAAAAUGGGUUAAAUGCUGUCAGGACUUUACAUCACUCAAAAAUGGAAACAUAUAGAAACUGUAAGGUUAAAGCAAGCGAGAUAUAUAAACAAUACAUGUACAGUUAUUAAGUCAAACUGCUGCUUUUAUUUUUCAUUUUGAGUAUAAAAUAUACUGAGAUAACAUCCAGAAAAGAUGGCUUUUGCCCCAAAGAAUAUCUUAUCAAACUACUGGAAACAAAAUGAAAAAUCUGUUCUAAAGCCAAAAUAAUGAAGGUUCUUGUUUUGUGCUUUUUUUAUUUUUUAUGAUGUUUACAGACCUGGAUAUUUAAAUGUAUUAACUGCAUUUGCUAUCCGUGCUUUUGUCAGUUUUGUUUUCCACUGAAGAACGGAAAACAAUAAAGUUUGCAUAAAGUUGCAAA